ACCACUCAAACACAUAUCUGCGGUUUAAUGCAAGGAAGCCCAGGAGAUAUUUCUGAUGUUCCUAUAGGCUGAGCCUGCAGUAACCUGGUAAUGCUUGUUAUACAGACUCCUCCUCUCCCUCAGGUAUGAGGAAAACAGGAAGUAUCAGUCUCAGACAAUGAACUAUGUGGGCCAGCUCGCCGAAACAGUGUUGGGCACUGUGAAGGAGCUGUAUAAGGGCCUGAACCCAGCCACUCUGACUGGUUGCAUUGAUGUCAUUGUGGUGAGGCAACCGGAUGGUUCCUUUCGCUGCUCGCCUUUCCAUGUGCGCUUUGGGAAGCUGCGUGUUCUGCAUUCCAGAGAGAAAGUGGUUGACAUAGAAAUCAACGGGGAGCCAGUCAAUCUGCAUAUGAAGCUGGGUGACAAUGGAGAAGCCUUUUUUGUCCAUGAGUCAGAAGAACAAAAGGAGAGCAUCCCCACCUCCUUGUGCACAUCCCCCAUCCCCUUGGAGAAAAGCUACGAUCCUGUGGGCAGGCCUUCCAGCUUGUAUGGAGGCCCUGAAAGCUUGCGCUCAGACACAGCCCUUCGUAAGAAAAGAUGGCACAAGAAGAAGCCAAAGAAAAGGGAGUCAUUGGCAGACUCCACUUCAGAAGAAGAUGAGACUGAAAACGAGAGAUCUCUAGAGGAGAAGCGGAAACUGUUGACUUCCAACAACACAAUGUAUUACUCAUUCAUUGAUGUUCAGAGUGAAGGAGCCGGGACUCUGCAACCUAAAGAAGCCUAUCCUUAUUCUGAUGGAGAGCUGGCUCCCCUGCAAAGUCUUUCUCCGAACUGCCCAUCAGCCCCCAAAAGUGACUCUGAAUUGGAGAUUAGAAAUCCUGAAAUACCACUUGGCUCUGAAUCCCACAUGCAGUGGUCAUGGGGAAGACUGCCUGAGGUGAGCAAAUCUGGCCGAGUAGAAGCAACAAAGCCCACCACAAGUGUCUCCACGACAGCAGCCGUCCCCCCAACAGCAACCAUUCCUGUAGGUGAGACAACGCACUUUGUUGCCAUCACACCAGGCUCGGAAAGCGACUUGGGCCUGGAAGACUCCGAUGCAUCGUGUGCUCUAGCCUCUCCUGUAAUUAGGCCGACACCUGUCUUUUCUUCUGGAAAUGGCCUUCCAGCAGGCAAAGAGCCCUGUGCUUCCAUUGAGCUGAUUGGCAGCACUCUAGAGACUACGCAUGGCCUUCCAUGUGAUGAGCAAGGCCUGUCAACAGCUCCAGAGAAUGAAGAAAUAAUAUCAGCUGAGGAUAUUACUGAACCUGUUCUGGAUAUGAAAGCGCCAUCUUCAAGGAGAACUAGUUUCGCAAGCCCAGAGCCCUGCAGGAGUCCAGACUUGAACCUGGAGAAGAGACGGGGUUCCAUGAAGAGAAGCCCUCAUCUGGGACCUACUGAUAUUUACUUAGAAGACCUCUCAAACCUGGAUGCAGAGCAAUUAGCACUUUAUUUCCCUAAAAGUGACGCUGAGCUGAGUGGCCAAGCACAGACUGAUCCUGGCAGCUUCUCUCGUGCCCACCUGCACUGUGGUGCUACCAUUGACAACAGCACAGAUAAUCUGUUGGAGCCUACAGAAAGCAGCCUGAUGCCCCACAUGCUCCUGUCUGUCUGUGGAGGUCUUGGGGAUGAUGGAGAAUUAUCUCAUGCAGAGAAGUUUAUGAAGCAUAUAGUUUCCUACCAAGAAUUUGCAGAGAACCCAGCAGUACUUGAGGACCAAAAUCUGGUGAUACAGAUCCACAAGAAGUAUUACAACUGGGCAGUUGCAGCUCCUAUGCUUCUCUCUCUACAAGCUUUCCAAAAGAAUCUUCCCAAGAGUACUGUUGACAGACUCAUGAAGGAAAAGAUGCCCAAGAAAGGUGGCAGGUGGUGGUUUUCUUGGCGGCGACGAGAACUUUCACAUGAGGAGAAUGAAUCCAGUGCACAGAAAACCAGCAGACCAGACAAGCAGCAGAGAAGAGACGAUGGUUCAUCCAGUGAUGAUGAGUCAAUGUCCUCAGGCCGAGGGGAGAGACCCGUACCAGAUGCUAUCACACAGAAAUUUCUUCCAACCUACAAGAAAUCCUUAACUCUCUCUUCAGAUCAAAUUAAAAGCCUGAAUCUGAGAGAUGGUUCCAAUGAGGUAGUGUUCAGUGUGACCACUCAGUACCAGGGUACAUGUCGCUGUGAAGCCAACAUCUACCUAUGGAACUGGGAUGACAAGGUGGUGAUCUCUGACAUUGAUGGGACCAUCACCAGGUCUGAUGCUCUAGGGCACAUCUUGCCACAUCUGGGGAAAGAUUGGACCCACCAAGGCAUCGCUAAACUCUUCCACAAAAUCCACUUGAAUGGUUACAAGUUUCUUUACUGUUCAGCCAGAGCCAUUGGUAUGGCUCAUAUCACCAAAGGAUACCUGGAAUGUGUCAAUGACCAAGGCUGUGUGCUCCCAAAAGGUCCCAUAAUGCUGGCGCCUAGCAGUCUCUUCUCAGCCUUUCAUAGGGAAGUGAUUGAGAAGAAGCCAGAGGUGUUCAAAGUUGCUUGCUUAACAGACAUCCGGAAUCUCUUUGGCUCCAUCAAGCAGCCAUUCCAUGCUGCUUUUGGGAACAGAACAAAUGAUGUCUAUGCCUACAAGGAAGUAAAGUUGCCAGAAUCUCGUAUAUUCACUGUGAACCCCAAGGGAGAAUUGACCCAGGAAUACAUAACAAUGCACAAGUCCACAUAUGAUCGGCUGAGUGAGGUGGUAGAGCUUCUCUUUCCACCAAUCGGCAAGGAUGUGAGCAUUUCGUUGGCUUGCCCAGAGUUCAGCCAAUUCUCUUACUGGAGAUCUCCACUACCCACAGUGGACUUUGAAGAUUUUGCAGAGUUGGCAACAUUCUAAAGGACCUGUCACCAUUGGUCCUCUAAUAUGAUGGAGCGACAGCAAACGCCUCUUGCAGCACCUUCUCCGCAAUGUGAAAUACUUGGAUAUUCAGAAAAACUGGGUGAAAGAAUGGACAUCUAGAGCUCAGUUUCCCCUAUAUUUUAAAGGGAAUGUGUGGGAAGGGAGGUUCUCAAUACAGGGUUUGGAAAACUUGUUUAUGCCAUAUGACUGAAUGCAUUUUACCUGUAAAUUUGGUGCAUUUAUGAGGUCUUAGAGUGUUUGAAUGGUGUCAUCUGCUUUUAAAGUUGGUGAGAGGCUUCAUGGUGGAUUUGGCUGAAUAUGAAUAGCGGCUGCUAGUCUCCCCCCCCUUUUUGGGGGGGCUGAUGCUUGCAUAGUUGGUGUCAGCAGAAAUCACAUGCUUUGGAUGGGAAAACAGAAGAAGAAGAAAACUCCCUUAAUGGGCAUUUAUUGCUCCAGUCUGUUCGGAUAAUGAAUUCUCACUAAUUCCUCUGGCCUUGUCAUACAUUCUCAGAAUUAUGGUUGAUACUGACAAAAUACAUCAAUAUGUGUUUGGAUGCUAAGUGCCUUAAUAAUAUUUGCUGGAGAUGGUGUAUCUGUCUGAGCCUUAUUUUACUUAUUAAGGUGGAGACAGGUGUGUGUGUAUGCCCCCCUCCAAACAGUUGAAGGUGAUAACGAUAGAUGUAAUAUUGCUUGCGGAGUACACACAUAUUAAUCUCUCUUUGCAGGUAUUGAUUGUAGUGUUUCAAAAAUUAGCAAAUCCUGUUUAAUCAGAAAUGACAGUCGGACAGAAGCAAUGACACCUCUUUCAUGCCACUGUCAACUAUUGUGAGCCUCAUGUUUUAGUUGGUUAUAGUAACAUUUGAAGUUAAAGGAGUGCUCCCUUGUCAUAACCUGAAACUGUUGUUUGAAGGCAUGUCACUAUUCCUUCUGACAAAGACCCUGGUGCUGCUGAGGCUCUCCUUUGCCUCUUGGCUUGAACAUAGCAACAUGCACCAGCCCUCCUGAUGGGUUGCUACCAUGGGGCAUCUAAGAUACAGCAGAGGUAUGAGGCUUGGUUUCAAAAAAUUAAGUGAAAAGGUGCCCCUUGGAAUGCAUUGCUUUAUGGGGCAGUAGUUCCUUUUAGACUGCUGCUUGGUCAGGUAUGUAACAAAUGACCAAAUGGUCAUUGGGUAUGGUUGUUCUCACAAACCAAGAUGUAUGGUUUUCUGGUCCUGGACUAUUGUAGGUUAUGCCUUUUCUUUUUCUUUUUUGCUGCUGGCCAUGUUUUGUAUGAGAAGACACCACAGAUGUAUGAUGAUGCAUUUCCCCCAUAGAGUAUGUGCACAUUGUAUUCCUUAGAUUAGCACUGGUAGCAGAAAUGAGGAAGGAAAUGCAUAACAGCAGCAAACUAACCCUGAGAUACUUUGGAGGGUAUCUGCAGAUUCCAACCACCACCACUGAACACUGGCAGCAUUACUGUGAACCCAGGCUCUAACCUUAGGCACCACUUAUUCUACCUCACUUAUACUUCCUCCUUUUGUUAACCUAGCAGGGUUGCAUGGAGGAAUGGUUUAACACAAGUUCUGUGAGCCAGUUCUGUUGUGACACAUCUGCUAGUCUAUAGCUGAUGCAAGUUGGAGCUAAAAUACUCUACUGUACAGGUGUGGCAAUAAAUUCUUUUGAGUGUCUGAAA